AUGUUCAUUGCCCUGGUCUUGAGCCUACUCGCAGCCACAGCGCUGUACAGAGGCUUCACCUUGUAUCGAAGCUGGCAGAGCAACAUAGCGAUUGCGAAGAGCUCCGGCCUGCCAGUCGUGGCAAUACCCUGGAAUGUGUUUGGUGUCUUCUGGCUUGCGACCUUCUACAUUUGGAUACCAAUACUGGAAGUGAUUCUGCCUGCUUCGUGGCGAGGCCUCUGGUUUGAUCUACUGGAUCCCGAAUGGGGUCAUCGAAAAGGCCAUGCUCCCUUUGAGAAGCUUGGAAAAGAUGUCUUUAUCAUUGCCUCGGCGACCCGCCUGUCAGCGUUUGUUGCUGAUGCCGAAGCCGUAACACAAAUCACAACCAGACGAAAUGAUUUCCCAAAGCCACUUAAGAUGUAUGGAGCUCUCGACAUAUAUGGCAGGAACCUUGUCUCCUCCGAAGGCUCAGACUGGCGUAUGCAUAGAAAACUCACCGCACCCAGCUUCGGAGAAAAGAACAAUGAGCUGGUUUUCAACGAGUCUCUUCACCACGCAAGGUCGCUGCUUGGGCUUUGGACUGGGCCAGAGGGGCAAGGAAAUGAGACUGUAGAGGACCCGGCGGUUGCCACCAUGAGCUUUGCACUCUUCGUGAUCAGCUCAGCAGGCUUUGAUGUUCGUGUCAAAUGGCCUCAUGAGGAUGAGACCCGAGCAUUGUCUGUCGAGACUGACGAGUCCAAGUCGAUGCUGGUCGGGUCGGAGAAACCAGCAGGCCAUAACAUGAGUUAUCGUGAAGCCAUCAGCGAGCUACUUCACAAUAUCAUGUGGACUCAGAUCAUACCACCAAAGUAUCUGCAUUUGUCUCCCAUCAAGGUUCAUCGAAAGGUCGGCGCUGCAGUCACCGAAUGGGGCCAAUACAUGGACGAACUUUACGAGAGGAAGAAACAGCAAGUGACAUCUGGUGACAGCAACAACCCUGGCAUGGACCUGUUCGAUGCCUUGAUUCGAGGAAGCGGCAUCAUCGAUGGAAAGAGGAACAUACAAAAAAGCGAUCUGCUGGGGAACGCUUUCGUCUUGAUGCUCGCUGGCCACGAGACCACCGCCAACACACUACACUUCUCCUUGCUCUUCUUGGCCAUGCACAGGGAUAGCCAGAAGCGCUUGCAACAAGACAUAGACAAGGUACUCCAAGGCAAACCAGUCGAGCAAUGGACCUACGAAGAGCAUUUCCCAAAACUAUUCAACGGCAUGGCCGCAGCCGUCAUGAACGAAACCCUCCGCAUCAUCCAACCCGUCCUUAAUAUCCCCAAAUCCACUCCCCCAGGCCGCCCGCAGAACUUCACCAUGGGCGACCAAACAUACACAAUGCCAGGCGACACCCACGUCUUCCUUAGCUCGGCCAUUCAUCGGAAUCCAAAGUACUGGCCCGCGCCGUCGACAGAACCAAGCGAAAACGAAAUGAGAGAUGUCGAUACAUUCCGCCCCGAGCGCUGGCUCGCUGCCUCCAAGUUGGAAGACAGUUUCAUUGACAUUGGCUACGAUGAGGAAGAACUGCGCGGUCCUUCCGGCGAAGAUACAUCCGCCGCGCUCUUCAAGCCCGUCAAAGGCUCCUACAUCCCCUUCAGCGACGGCUUCCGCUCGUGCAUCGGGCGCCGCUUUGCACAAGUCGAGAUCCUGGCUGUUCUUGCUGUCAUUUUCUCGCAGUACACGGUCGAGCUUGCCGUUGAUGAGUUCGCCAGCGAUGAGGAAGUUGAGACCAUGAAUAGCCUGGGGAGAGAAGCGGUCUAUGCAAAGGCCGCUGCAAGAGCGGAUCAUUUGCUCAAGACAGAGGUUGCUACCAUCAUCACGCUGCAAUUGAGGGGAACGAGCGUUCCUAUCCGAUUGGUCAGGCGUGGAGAGGAGAGAUUUGGUAUAUGA